GAAAAGUUUAAUGAAUGGGUGUGACGUAGAGGAAAUACCUCAUUGGAAGGAGUAUAGAGAGGCAGAGAGAGGAGAGAGAGAGAGAGAGAGAGCGCGAGAGCGGUUAGGAUUUCUCUGUGACAGUAACAGGAGGCUCUAUUUAGUCAGUGUAGUUUUGUUGUGAAGCUGCAUGCAGCAGGACUGCGUCGGUCUUUCUGCAGGACGGAGUUCUUGCAAACCCCUGUUUUCUUCUUUCCAGGAGCCUGACUUUCCAGAUAAUUUUUAUAGGAUUACAGCAUUUCGAAAACCAAUGAUUUCUCUUCCGUCUUUCUGAGGCGCUGUAAUGUAAUGUCAUUGGAAUUGAACCCAGAAAGGGAAGCACAUACGGUUCUGUACAAGUCAGUCGUGGAUGUUUAUGCGGUUCAUUCGUUUCAUUUACUUAAAGUGGCUAAUCUACUUUCCAAAAUCUUGUUGUUUUCUAUGUGGUAUUUUUAAGGAUAUAGCUAAACCCCACGCAUUUCAAGGAUUUUCUGUGCAUUGCCGAAAAGGGGCGUUUUAUCCUGGAUCCAAAUUCCUGACGGAUUGCAUUAGCUACACUGUACCGUGGAUACAGACUGCAUUACAGUAUAUAUAAUCUGAAUGCAAACAAGUAAAUAACUGAAAGCUAAGAGUUAAUGCGUGAACUUUUAAAGGUACGUGAGUACAAUUAAAACAAUGCAUACUAGUAACUUGCAUGCCAGAGGAUGAGCAGUGUAUACGUAUUUUAAAUAGUUUACAGUUAGUGCACGAUAAACAGAUCGUUUUAAAUGUAAAUUAAUAAUAAUCAUUUUUUUUUAAAAACAAAUCAGCCCUAAACACGUUUCUUUGAAAACGGGCACCGGUACCGAUCUUUUCGGGAGAAUAGUACAAUACAAGUUAAAGCAGACAUUACUUUUAAAAAGCUCUGUAAGUAAUUACAAGUCACACACGUUUGAUAAAGUAAAAACAAUCUUUGGAACACCUGGUUUUGUUUCUUUAUUUUACCGCGUUAUGGCAAAUAACACGAGACCUUUCGAUAACCGGAAUAUCGUGUCACAGUAUAUUCAUGCCAAACUCCUAAAAAAGGGCUAUGUGUGGGACUCCCAUGUGGGCAGAGAACCUGGUUCUCCAAAUAAUAAUGGAUUGCUCGGCUCCUCCCCCUCCAGCACUCCAGUUUUGGUACGGCGUCCCGCGCCAGAUCCUGGACAGGGUCCUUCCCCUUUUGUAAACCAAACGCUCCGCAUCGAUCCCCAUGCAGACCUCCAUAAGGUUUUACGCGAAGCCGGGGACGAAAUCUCACGAAUGUAUCAGCGAGACUUUGCAGAGAUGGUCGGGCAGUUGCAUUUCACACCAACCACAGUCCACAUGAAAUUUACAUCGGUGGUCGAAGAGCUUUUCAGGGAUGGGGUGAACUGGGGGAGGAUUGUCGCGUUCUUCGAGUUUGGUGGGACAAUGUGCGUGGAAAGCGUGAACCGAGAGAUGACGUCCCAAGUGGAUAAUAUAGCAAACUGGAUGACUGAGUACCUAAAUGGACCACUUCAGAACUGGAUCCAAGAGAAUGGAGGAUGGGAUGCCUUUGUGGAGCUAUAUGGAAGUCAGAGGGGUUCGAUGUCCAACUACUCCUGGCCUUCUCUGAAGACUGCCCUCCGUCUGGCUGCUUUGGGUGCUGCUGGCAUCACCAUUGGUGCUUAUUUUGUGCAGAAAUGAAAUGAAGAAGUCUUUCCUUUGGGUUUGAAGCGCAACAGUUAAAAAUAAUACUGCCUUUAAGUGUGGAUUCUACAUCAGCCUAAAUAGCAAAUACAGUAAAACAGCACACCUCUUUCUUCAGGGGAGACAUGGCACAAAGCUUUUAAAACAAUGUCUUGAACACAAUGACACAACAUUUAUGAUUUUUUUUUUUAGGGUUCCUUUUGCAACUACAGUACACAGUUUUUACAAGUGAUGUUGCUAUAGCACAGGGGGAUACAUGCAUAUGCCUCAAUCAAUAUAUUGCUUUUUUUACUUUGCCUUUUUUAGGAUCAACAUUUUAGAAAAGCACCAUUUAAACAAUGUAGUAUAUACUCCUGGCUCCCAGGGGUGUGUGUGUGUGUGUUUCUGUAUAUGUGUGUUUUGUGUGUGUGUGUGGUGGGUUGCUACUUAUCUUGUUAUCAGAAUGCAGGCUGUUAAGGUCAUGGGACUGAGCUACUUAUCCACUUGUUUGAUCAGACACAAUUCUUCCCAGAGGAGUAAGUUAGAUAUAACAGAGUCAUUAAAUGGUUUGUAUCAGAUUUGGUAAUCAGUAAUGCUCCUAAUUUUGAAUUGUAAAGACCAUUACUAAAGUUUCAAUGAUAGACAUGCUGUAGAUGUGUUAGCAUUCCAGCUUUUGAGCUGCUUUCUUGUGUUUUGUUUUGUUUUAAAUAAGGACUUCUUUCUAGAAUGCUUCUUGAUAAUGAAGCAAAGUAUUAACUAUGUGGUAGUUAUUACUUUUCUUUACUAUAGAGCUCCUCAUCCAACAUAUUCAGUUUAUUUUGCUUUCCACUGAAACAGCUUGAACCAGCUUGAAAAACACAAAAUUACUAUUAACCCAUUGCUGCCCAAAAAGCUGAACUGGAGCUUGAGCAUUCUUGAGAGAAAGCAGCAUUGAAGGAGAAACAGGGUUAGGUCAGUCACGUAUGUUCCACAGAGGAAAAUGACACAGAUUAGGGACUGAAAGCUCUUCGAACUGAAUUGAGUUUCACUUCGAGGACAGCAUGUAAAUACAGUAUAAGCACCUGAAGACUGAGGGUAUUUAGAACGCUAGCAACAGGAGCAGUGAGUAGCAGUGAUUUCUGUAGGAGAGGAAGACAUGUUAAAGUGACAGAUCCAUACAUUGUGUGGAUCCAGUUACAGUUAAGGAUCGAAAUGGCACCUCUUCACAAGCAGUUUAUGGGAAAGUUACAUCAACCAUAGUGGAGGUAAACAUUUUAACAGAUGGUGUAACCGAAGUAACAUGAACCAUGUAUUUCUAAAGCAAAACACAGAGAGACGGGUAUUGAUGUUUGAAAGGCUGGAGGACAGUACGGAUGCAGCAGGUAUAGCUGAAGUACACAAGUGUCUGUUUGAGCUAAUAAGACAUACUUCUAUCAUCUGUCCCUCAAUGCACCUGAAUACAUCAGUCACAUUCCUCCGAGACAGUGAGGUUUAACAGACAGGUUUAACAGACAGGGAACCAGCUACUGAUUAAAGAAAUAUGAAGCAAGGCUUUUCAUAGAUGAAAGAUUUCGUUCAUUAGUGAACAUAGUGUUCAGUGAAGUGACCUGGGGGCCCUUGUUUGGUAAAAGUCCAAAUAACGCUCAUGUUAAUUCAGUCAAAGCCAUGUUGAAGGUUUAUUCACAUUCCACAGGUGUUCUCAAUCUCUUUUCUUUUUACUCCCAAGUUACCAAACCUGUCUGGCUUGAAGCUGCAAACCAUUUGGGUGUAUGCAUGUGUGGGGGAGGGGGAGGGGGAGGUAAUAAUCAACUGGUCACUUUUUUAAAUUGUUUUUCAACAUUGAGGAAUUAACUAAUACCCAAUAGAAAGUAGCCAUUUUAAUAUGGUACUGUUAAGAUUAGAGGUAAGGCCGGGCUAGGAUUGCCCAGUUAAUGCAGCUAGUAGAUAGACAGGAUCACUUCAGAAUUUAGAUUUUUUUUUACUUUAACAGUAAUACAGGGAAAAAAGACCUUAUAAUAUGAACCAUAGUAUAUUUGCAUACUUGUACUCAUAAUUUUACAAUUCACAAUUUCUUUAGUUCUUUUAUCCAAGCUUUUACUUUUCAGUUCUUCACCAUGCUUCCCUGUACUUUUCCAUGCAUUCAUUUCAUGCUGCUACCAUGAUAAAGCACAGUAGACUUUUAUACUCCUGCCUGAUUUGAAUGUUCAAAGCAAGAGAAAGAGGACCUUAAGCCAAAUUUGGUGAAACUGGAUUCCUCGCUUGUAUUUGGUAAAUGAUUACUCUUAAAAGACCAUAAUAAUAAGUCAUCACCAUCACUUGAAUGACCCCGGUUAAUGAGAAAUGUUUGUAUUUCCUUAACUAAUUAAUUCUUCUUGUUUUUAUUCACUUUGUUUAAUUUUCCAUUUCAGUCAUUGCAUCCUGGGGACUUUUUAAAACUCAGAAGUAUGAGGCACACCUGUGGUCUCAACACAGCUCUCAGAAUCAUGGCCAACAUGGCGUGGAGAAUCUAAAUAUCACUGUCACUCAGAUCAUUAUAAGAAGGACAUCUUGUGAAAAUGUGCAUCUCUAACUAUGGGAAUUUUGUAUUUUAAAGUAAGUAAAAGGCCAGAAUUGAUUCUAUUUUAAUAGUUCAAAAGUGGGGGUAUUGAGAUCCUCCUCUGCAGAUCAAUUGAAUAGAUCUCAUUCAGCUCCACUGAUACCACUAGGGUGCUUUAAACUUGGGAGUUUUAAAAUGUCCCCAGUAUGUGAAGACUGAACAUUAUAUAAAGUGAAUCUAAACAACCCUAAUAAGCUGCUUUUUAGGGCACAUUUCUCUGCUGUCCUGACAUUUUUUUUAUUAGUUGUAUAAUUAAUAAAAUGGUAUAAUUUUUACUGGCAUUUAAGGGGUUAAAAAGGAGUGUGAACCAUGAAUUAAGCCAGCACACAUCUCAUAUAUAUAUAUAUAUAUAUAGACACACACACACACACAGAUAGUGGACAAAAAAAUGGAAACACCAAUGUAAAGUCACUUAAUAGGGCGUUGGACCACUAUGGUAUCCCGCUCUGUGGAGUUCUCAGCGGACCGUUUUUGAAGAAACUAGCUGCUCGCGCCCCAGUUUGAAAUUUGCAGUCAAUUGAUCUGCAGUUGCUCGCCUGUUUUGCCUUGCACUUCGAAUUAAUGCACAGAUAUCACGAUCCUGGAGUAUGCGCUUCCGCCUGCUGUUGCCCUUUGCUGAUGAUGUCUUUCCCUCAGAGUUCCAUUCCGACAUCACCUUAGACACCGUUGCUCGUGAAACAUCAGCAAGUUGAGCUGUCUUGGUCACUGAAGCUCCAGCCAAAUGCGCCCCAACAAUCACCCCUCUUUCAAAGUCACUGAGGUCUCCUCUUGCAGCCAUGCUAGCCAUAAUUAUAGGCAUCCAGGCCUGGCCAGCAUUUUUAUACAUGACCCUAAGCAUGCUGCGAUGUUAUUUGCUUAAUUAACGCAUGAGCCACACCUGUGUGGAAGCCCUUGCUUUCAAUAUACUUGGUGUCCCUCAUUUACCCAUGUUUCUAUUUUUUGUCCACUACCUGUAUAUAUAUAGUGCUCACCCUUUAUAACGCUAUAGUGGGGAGCCAUAGUUACAAGACCGUGCUAUUUGUGUUCUGCCUUAUAACGAGUAUAAAAGGGCUACUGUAAUGGCAUUAUGGAGCAAAUGGGAGCCACGACCCUACCGUGUUAUAACCGAUUCUGCACUAUAACAGGGCGCGUUAUAAUGGGUGACCACUGUAUGUGUGUAUAUAUAUAUAUAUAUAUAUAUAUAUAUUUAAGCUUCUACCUGGUUCUUCAGUGUGUGUCCUUAAAAUAUUUACCUGCAGAGAGAAAAGUGUUUUAGUAAAGCUGCAAUGUUAGAUUCAGCUUAUUUAUGACUUUAUGUAAGCAGUCGUGUGUGUGUGUUUUUUUUUGUAUAUACAUUAAAGAGUAAUCCUGAAUAAAAUACAAAUACCCCCCCCCCCCCCCUCGAAAAAAGAAGAAAAAUGUGCUCUAGUUAACGUUUACAACUGCUAUUUGUAAAGGCUGCUUAGAAAAAAGGAAAAAAUAUACAUGUUAUGUGAUCUUAAAAUGUGCUUGUAAUUAUAGAUUCAUAUUUAUUAUUAGGUACCCAAUGUAAAGUAAUUAAUAUAUGUCUCCAGUUAGGCAUUUUAAUGGAGGCUAUGGGAAAGAAGUCAGCAUUACAGUGCAGAAGGAGUUAGGUACAUUGUGGCCCUCCCCAGUCGCACUAUUAAAUACUCUUGCUGCUGCUAAACUAGUACCAGUAUGAUAACAUAGCUUUGUGGAUAUAAAACAGAACUAUUUGUAAAAAAACAAGUAGAAAAAAGCUUUUUUUUUUUUUUUUUUAAAGCUGCUUCUGAAAAAAUACAGCAUAUACUGCCAUUUAUGGACCAAACUCUCCAACUACCAUUAGGAGCUAUGUAUUAAGAAAAAUGCUGCAAUUUUUGUAUACUAACCAUGUGAGACUGACACAAGGCAACUCUUUACACAUACUGUAUUAUGUGCUGCAUUUUCUUAGGAAGGGGACCUUUAGGGUGCAUUUUGUUCUGGCAAACUGCACAAGGAUUGCGAAAAACUGAUGGAACAAGAACUCCAAAUAUGCAGUCAAUGGGACCUUUCAUUGAGGAAUGAAUUUUAAUCUAAGAUGAUUUCUGAUUAAGUAGCAAUAGCUAUAUAUAUGUUCUGCAGAGAUUUAAAGACUGCUGAAAGACCUGUGCAUCGCUUCAUCUCACCCGGAUCUCACUUUGCACCUUAAUCCAUAGUACAAAGGAUCUUCAAUGCUUACAGACAGGUGGACUUCUGAAUUACUAAUUUUUAUUAUUAUGGUUGGUUUCUCUUCUAAAAGGGAUCAUGCAUGUGGACUGUGGUUUGAGUUAUGAAAACUUACUGAUAAUGGUGAUUUCAGGCCCAGCGCCUUUACUACACCAGGAGUAUAGAACUGUUUCAACAGAAUAAACGUGAAGGUCAUUUGAUGAAGGAAAGACCAAUAACAAGAGUCCUUGUAAACUGGCCUCCUCUGGACAAGAGGUAGUUGGGGUUCUCCCACAGAAAGCAAGAUAACGAGUGGAGCCUCAUGCUGUGUUUUAGUUACCUUUCAGAACUUCAGGUGAAAUACAGUAUGUAUUUCAACAUGUUUGUAAAGAGCAUCUAGGAAAUGUUGGAUGGUACCUUCUUCCUUGUGUUUUUCAGAGGCUGACUAGUUUUUCGUGGUAUUUUACCACCAUGGUAUUCCUUUUUUCUAACAUUUUUUUUAUUUUAUAGUAUUUCUUCUUCAAUUGGGAUAUAUACUACUGUAUGUUGCCACAGCCUGUCAACCAUUUUCAGGUGGUGCUGGCCUUUAAGUAUAGCAUCACUCCUGCUGGACUUUGUAUCCUACAGAGCUAUUUUUGUAUUUAUUUGUUACAUUUUUUAGACAAGGAUAUCUGCUUGGCUGAAGCCCUCUUGUUUCCAAGCAGGGACUUAAGUAGCACAAAGUCCAAAAAGAAUUCCUGAAAAGAUGAAGUACUAAUUCACACAAUACAACACCAUCAAACUAAGGUAUACAGUAACCAACAGAGAAAUACUAGGCUGUAUGUAAAGCAUGUGUGUUAACACCAUUUGCACAAGUUGUCCUGUUUGAAAAAGUCAGGGUACCAGAUUGAGACCAGACUUAAACUGUGUGUGCAACUUUUGAAUCAGAGAGUAUAUCUGUUGAUUUUUUUGGUAUACGACAAGCUGACCACACAGACUAAGCACUCCAGUUCAGAAACGUGACAAAUGCUUUCUGUUAGUUAAUGAUAUCCAAUGUAAACUUCGUUCAGAUCUCACAGUGACGGGUGCUUGGAUCAUAAAGCGUUUACCCACUGUGAACCUUCUGUCUCACUCAAUAUCAAUCCCUAUUUACCUACUUCUGUAUGUUAUUUAUGCGGUUAAUGAUGUUUCUAUUUUUUAGUGCACAGUCAGUAAUAUUUUAAUAGUGCUUUUAAAAGAUAUGCAGUUACUAUUAGAUACACACCUUGCCCCUGUAUCCUGACUUUCAAUGACCAUGUUUUUUUUGUUUGUUUUUAAUAUUCAUGUUGUGUCAGCGUCUUCUUAACUAGAAAAUGUGUCUUCGGCAAUCUGAUCAUAAUUUUUAGUUGUUGUCUGUUUUAUUUAUCUUGAAGCACAUCAGAAAUUGUUGGAUUAUGUGUUAUCGACUUUAAUAAGCUAAUACAAAUUAUGAGUUUCAAUGAAACAAAACUUUCAAAAUGUGAAAUUGGUUUCAUAUUAAAAAUGACUAUUUAAUUUAAAUAUUACACAAAAAACUCAUUGAUGGCAAUGAAUGAUAAAGAAUACCAAAUUUUCCCACAAAGGUGAAUGCAUUUUCUCUCAAAACUGAAAUCCUUCUUGGCAGCACUUAGAAUAUCAAUGUAACAAUAUCAAGGCAUUUCUCAAAUAAACAUCAUGUUUUAAAAUAUAAAAUAUAAAGUCCACUCUCCAUAAAAAAAGCUUAGUACUUUUAUAUUACACUGAUAUUUUAUAUUUAUAUUUGUACUUAUAUUUAUAAUAUUCAAACUGAUUUUGGAAAGGUUUUUGAACUAUACCAGUAGAUAUUAAAUACUAGUUAGUCACUGGUUCUGUUAUGGUAGCAUGUGACCAACAGUCUAUUUUUUUCUGCCAAAACUGUGAACUGAAGGCUGGGCUGCUAAGAAGUUCUUUGGUACCAACCAGACGAAUCUGUGCUCUUUCAGAAAAUGUUUAUGUGCUACAAAUCCUGGAUUCCUUUUUGAUAAGUGGUUUAAAAUUGUAAUAACAAAAAAUGUAAAAAGUCUAUUAAAGGUUUGUGAAGAGUUUUUUUAAAGCCUUAACAAAAAUGAGACUAUCAUUGUGCUAAGGUGACAUAUUAUUAAAAGAGCUUCUAGUUAAAAUUUAACUUUUUCUGAGUUAAGCAGAAUGGUGUUUGAAAUACAGUACUUGCUUUCAAAAAGAGAAUUAAGUUUGGUUGUAAAAAUACUGCUUAAGGUGAAAUUAUGAUUUAUGAUGGUUGUAUUGAAGGUGUAAGGAUAUUUUGACUGAUUCCAGCUAGAAAAUGAUAAAUUAUAUUUGACCCUCCCAGAGUACUUUGUUGUAUUUUGUUGGGCACAGAGAUUUGUCUAGAAAGGCCGCUACACAUCAAGUGAUGAUAUCUGGAUGAUCUUUAGUGAAUGUACUAUUCCAGUUUGUGCUGAUUAUAUCACACGUAGGGAAGAUAAAGAAAGCGUGUGUCUAUAGAUUAAAUCCUUUCUUCACACGCAUAUUUUUUGUGUAUUUAUGAAUUCAUCGAAGGCAGAAUUAACAAUAUAUCAUACUAAUUUACAGAUUAGUACACAAAUGCUAGUUUAUGCAAUAAAUAUUUACAAAAGCAAAAUCAUAUAUUUGAGUUGUUUUUUUAUCCGGAGGUUGCCAACAUUUAUGAAAUGGUAAGAAAAUGGAAUCCGUCGAUCAGGUUACAGGCUUUAUGUAUAAGAACAGGUUAAGUUUUAAAAGUCCUUUGGAUAGCAUAGGUCAAGAUUUUUUGUGUGUCUUGUCAGUUCAUCUUCUCAAUACGACCAGAGAUGUUUGGCCCAUUAGGAGUCUGGAAAUCGUGUUAAUCCACAUAGCCCCACUGUAGAAGGAAUUUCCAGGGUGGAAACCACAAUAACGGUUUCGCUUAGCUGGUUCAUCAUUUGUAUAUUGUUAUGUAAUUGCAGUGUAAGGACCACAGUAAUGUUUUGCAAUCAAAGACAAAAUAGGUUACAUCUUGUGACAUUCAUGUGACAGCAGCAAUAGCAGAUUUACUGUCAAUACUGUGAAAUAUAGGCACAGCCCACCUUCCCUCACAGUGAGUUUUAAAUUCAGACUUGGCAGGACCAACGAGAAAUCGGUCAACUUACAAGACCAUCCAGGACUAGUGUUUCUCAAAUGACAAUGGUUUUGCUUCUUAUAGGCAAGCAUAGUACAAUUCAAUAAUACUAAAAAAAAUCAUAAUAUACUUAAUAAUUUCAAAAUGAUCCUUGUAUUAUAGACGGGUACAUAACACACCUACCAACCAAAAUGCAGUGUAGCACCCUAAAGCUAUACCAAUGUCUGUAAAACCACCUGGAUAAAUGUGGUUAGAAUUAUUUUUUAUUUUUUCAAAGGCUUGAUUAUUGCACCUAAAAUAAGGGUUGACUUUACACUUCUAAAAUGGGAUGCACACUGCAGGUUACAGGGAGUAAAAACAAUCGCUAACAGUUGACUAAUGUUUGGAAAAAACUCUUGAUACCUGUAGAGCUAACAAACCCAACCCAAGCAUAUUUUGUACAGUACGUGAAGUUCUGUUUUGAGAUGAAAGUACAUCACUUAAAAUACAGUCCCACAUUUCUGGAAGGUUCAAGCAGGAUUUGUAAAUACGGUAUAUGUGUUCUGCCUAUAGGUGUUAUUUUGUACCAACAACCACCCAAUAUUUCACUCCAAUCUAUUCAUUUUAAUAAGCGUUGUAAGUUUUAGAGACUCUUUAGAAUGUAUUAUGUGUAAGAAAUUGAACUGUUUGCAUGAGCAAGAAAAAAAUAAUAUGUGCAUUUUGCAAAGGCUAAGAUUGCAGUUAACAUGGAAGACUUGUUUAAAAUCAUGUUUUAUUGUUGCAGCUCUUCUGGCCAUUUUUUUGUUUUGUUUUGUUUGUUGUAACUUCUUUGCUCAAUAAAUAUAGAUCAAUAUAAUUAAA